CAUUUUAGUUAAGAAGCAAUAUCCACAAAACAAUAAGCAUAGUUUAAUUUGUUCUAUAAACCUUGAGUUUGAGAAUUGAAGUGAUCAGACAAUCAAUAUGGAAGAUCGUAAUGGUUUCUUUUAUUUCCUUGUGGCGAUAGUUUUAGUAUCAGUGGCAAUAACUUCCUCAGACGCACUUUCAACCACUUUUUAUCAUAAAGUUUGUCCUAAAGCCCUUCCAACUAUUAAGAAAUUGGUAUAUGAUGCUGUGAACCGUGAGCACCGAAUGGGCGCUUCUUUGCUGCGCCUUCAUUUCCACGAUUGCUUCGUUAAUGGUUGCGAUGGAUCAGUUCUUCUUGAUAGCACAUCAACAAUAGAUGGGGAGAAAACUGCAUUUGGCAAUAUCAACUCAUUAAGAGGAUUUGAGGUAGUUGACAGGAUCAAGUCAGAGGUGAACAAAAUUUGUGGUGCUCAAGUUGUCUCUUGUGCUGAUAUCUUAGCUGUUGCUGCUCGCGACUCUAUCGUCCAGUUAGGAGGACCAACAUGGGAGGUAGAACUAGGUCGAAGAGACUCGACCACAGCCAGCCGAACUGAUGCCAAUAACGACUUACCAGCUCCUUUCAUGGACCUUCCAGCUCUCAAAACAAACUUCCAAAAUGCAGGGUUAGAUGAAACAGACCUAGUUGCAUUGUCGGGAGGACAUGCCAUAGGGUUUUCUCAGUGUAACAACUUCAAGAACCGAAUUUACAACGAAUCCAACAUCGACCCGUUAUUUGCCCAGAAUCGCAAAAAAACGUGUCCUCCCUCUGGUGGUGACACCAGAAUUGCUCCAUUCGAUCCCACAGAUGACAAAUUCGAUACAUUGUAUUUCAAAAAUUUGGUGAAGAAAAGAGGUUUACUUCAUUCAGAUCAGGCUUUGUUUAACGGGGUAUCAACUGAUGCAUUAGUGAGGUUUUACAGUACUCAUGCUAGUGCUUUUGCUGCUGAUUUUGGAAAGUCUAUGAUUAAAAUGGGAAGAAAUAAGCCAUUGGAAGGAAAUUCGGGACAAAUUCGUGUGAACUGCAGGAGGAUUAAUUAAAAAAUCACAAAUGGCUUUUGUAAUUUGUUAAGUUUGUUGUGUGUAUCUAUUUUAUAUGUUGUUUGUUUGUUUAUUUUCUUUUUACUGUCAUGACAAGUGUAAGUACAAAAUCUUUUUUGGUUUAUCAUCAGAAUAUAUACUGGUGAUACACACUUUAAUAUAAUAAAGAUGUUUA